CGCGAAGUGGCGACGUUCUUGCCCCAAUGGCAACAUAGUUUUCUUCAAUCAGCUAGCCGAUCCAACCUGCUUGUCGUCAAGAGUCGACUAUUAUGGCACUAGCUCUCACAAGGACAGGCGCAGAUCUGUCGGUGGCUAUCACGCUCGUCCACGGUGCCAUCCAUGCAGGAGACGCGUGUCGGCGCCUACUAGUACUUUUAUCCCACUUUAGUACGCCUCAGAGCAUACACGCGAAUGAAGCAGACUCAAGGCCACGAAUCGCCCGCUUCGAUCAUGGCCGGCUUGGUCUACCGUCUAUUGCGGAAUACAUGUCGGAUGGAUAUCACUAUGACUUACUUACGAAGUCGAGGAUCGCCGUCAUCGUGCCGUACACUAGCUGGACCUUCAAAUGAGAUUGAAGCAGCGGCUCGCGACCGGAUUAGUCUUGGAGUGGUUCUUUUUUUGAAGGACCGGCCAUGCCGAUUCUAUGAGAGCUUCUCGAUGCUUCUCGUGCCCGGUGUUCAGUCAGGGAUAUUACAUUCGUCAGCCUCGAGCUCUACCCAUGGAGUCCCAGCAUCGCGCUGUGUCACUGAACUGUAGGAGCUUGCCGCAUACCUAGACAAUAGUUUAAUGAGUGCUGUCCUCCAGCAUCAGCAUCAGAUU